AUGGCCCAAGAUAAUUGGGGUAAUAACGUUCAAGGCCUCGAAAAUCCCGACACCUCUUGGUCUAAGGCUCCCACAAAUAAGUCAAAUAUCUUACAAGUAGAAAACAACUGGGGAACGCCUGUAGGAUCUGUCAGAACUUCCGCUCCUUCUGAAAAUAGUUUGGGUGGCAAUAAAACCAAUGAUCCUGUUCACGAUUCAUGGGGACCUAAUAAAUCAGAAAAUUCGUGGGCUUCAAGAAAUGAAAUCGUUCAAGUCGAUCAAUCAUGGGCAAAGAAAUCACCACUUAAAGAAUCCCCACCUAAAGAAGAAGAGAAACCUUUAAUAUCAUCAGAAAAUGAACCUCCUAAUAUCGUAGAUAUAGGUCCUCCAUUAAAUCUUGAUUAUAAACGCGAGGAGGAAGAGGAGGAUUUGACCAUUGAAAAAGAAUAUGAAUUACAACAACACAUAUUGGAUGACGAUGAUCAUUGGGACCCCAAUUACCGUAAUGUGAAUGAAUCACAAUCGGGUAAUUCAAUUUCUUCACCCCCAAAAGAUGAAAUACAAUGUGAAAUACCAAAUGUAUGUAAUGAAAAAGAUUAUGUUGAACCAUUAAACGUCGAACAAAAAGUUGAACCAAUAAUUGUUGAACCCAUAGUUGUUGAACCCAUAGUUGUUGAACCCAUAGUUGUUGAACCAAUAGUUGUUGAACCAAUAAUUGAGGAAACAUUAACAUCAUCCACAUCUCAAGAAUUGCCUGAAAAGAAAUUCCGUGAUGUUGAAGUUCAAACCGACCCAAUUGAUUUUUUAAAGAUCAUCGCGUCAAAAGAAAAGUUGUUAUCCUUUACAAUCGAUCCACAAAUUGAAAAAAUUCUUCAAUCACAAAACGUUGGUUUAGGUAUUGAUCCUCAACAAACACCAACUCCAAAUGAUGAUAUAGAUAUUGAUCCUCAACAAACACCAACUCCAAAUGAUGAUAUGGAUAUUGAUAAUCAAAAAACACCUAUACAAACUGAUAGUUAUAUUACUGUUUCCCAUCCACCCAGCCUUGAUACUGAUGCUCAAAAACCACCAACACAAAAUGAUGGUUGGGUUACUAGUUCUACAACCACCUCACAACAAACGUCAACACAAAAUGAUGACUGGAUUACAUCUCAAAAAAAUUCUGAGCAACAGACACCAGCACAAAAUGAUAGUUGGGUUACUAAUACUAAUCAACAAACUUCUGAGCCAAAUAUCGCACAAAAAAAUGGAUGGAAUGUUAUACCUCCUCCUUUACAAGAUAAUAAUUGGGUUCUCACUACUCCCCAACAAACUAUCCAGAAAUCUCCCCCCAAAAGUCCCGCACAAAAUAAUGAUUGGAAAGUCAUUCCUCCACCUGUUCAAGAUGAUAGUUGGGUUACUACUACUCCCCAAAAAAUUCCUCAAAAAACUCCUGCACAAAUUCCCCAAUCUCCCCAAAAAACUCCCGCACAAAAUAAUGGUUGGAGUGUUAUUCCUCCACCUGUUCACGAUAAUAAUUGGGGUUCUGCUGCUCCGCAACAAACAUCGCAAACUCCUCAAAAAACUCCGACACAAAUUCCUCAAUCUCCCCCAAAAACUCCUGCACAAAAUAAUGGUUGGAGCGUCAUUCCUCCACCUGUUCACGAUAAUAGCUGGGGUCCUUCUGCUCCUCAACAAACAUCUCAACAAAUUCCUAAAAAAACUCCCGCACAAUUUCCUCAAUCUCCCCAAAAAACUCCCGCACAAAAUAAUGGUUGGAGUGUCAUUCCUCCACCUGUUCACGAUAAUAGUUGGGGUUCUGCUGCUCCUCAACAAACAUCUCGAACCCCUCAAAAAAUUCCCGCACAAAUUCAAUCUCCCCAAAAAACUCCCGCACAAAAUAAUGGCUGGAGCGUCAUUCCUCCACCUGUUCACGAUCUUCAACAAACACCUCAACAAAUUCCUAAAAAAACUCCCGUACAAGUUCCUCAAUCUCCCCAAAAAACUCCCGCACAAAAUAAUGGUUGGAGUGUCAUUCCUCCACCUGUUCACGAUGAUAGUUGGGGCUCUGGUGCUCCUAAACAAGCAUCUCAGCAAAAUGUUGGUUGGAGCGUCAUUCCUCCUCCUGUUCUUGAAGAUAAUAGUUGGAAUUCCGGUCAUCAAAAAGCACCUGUUAAGCCAUCAUUACCGAAAGAAACUACGCUGCAAGAAGCUCCAAAUUCAAAUGCAACUAACAAAGGAAACGAUUGGAAGGCUACGGCUAAUCAGCCUGCACAGCAAAAUGUAGUCGAUUCAUGGGGUGCGAAUCCUUCUAAACCCUCAGACUCGUCUUCAGCGAAUGACUGGACCAAACAGGCAGCUUUGUUUGAAAAGGAGUUAGGAAUAAGCAAUGAAAUAAAAGAAACACAAUCGAAUAAUGAUAAAGUUGAAGAUUCGUAUGGUGGUUCGUAUGGUGGUUCAUAUGGUGGUUCAUAUGGUGAUUCAUAUGGUGGGAGCGCAAAUAAUUCCUCUUAUGAUAAUAAUCGUCAUGGAAGCCGUGAAUGUCGUAACUGCGGACAAGAAGGUCAUUUUUCUCGUGAAUGUCCUGAGAAGAAACAAGGUUAUGGUGGAAGUGGCGGUUACGGUAGCGCAAAAACGUGUCACAAAUGCGGUAAAGAAGGACACAUCUCUAGAGAUUGUACCGAAGGCGGCGGAUACAGCGGUGGAUAUGGUAGCGCAAAAACGUGUCACAAAUGCGGCAAAGAAGGACACAUCUCUAGAGAUUGUACCGAAGGCGGCGGAUACAGCGGUGGAUACGGUAGCGCAAAAACGUGUCACAAGUGCGGCAAAGAAGGACACAUCUCAAGAGAUUGUACCGAAGAAAGUAGUAGAGGUGCAUAUGGUGGAGGCUAUAACAACGGUGAUAGUAGUGUUUGUUACAAGUGCAAGCAACCUGGACAUCGUUCUUCUGAAUGUACCGAAGAUGGAGGAUAUAGCAGUGGUCCAUCACGGCCUCGUCCGACUACUCAUAGUCCAUUUACUAAUUCUAAACAUCCCGACAUUUCAUCUGAAGAGGCAUGGCAAAGAUUACUUGAAGCUGAUAAAUUAAAAGAUGCCGAUGAUUUUAAAGAGGCGUUUGAAAUAUACGCAAAAACGGCCCCAGAGGAUACGUUCCAGUCAAUUGAAAAGAAAUUAAGAGGUUCAAAAUGUAAUGGCAGAAUUGUUGCAUUGGAACGCGCGGAAAUACCAUUCACUCAGGUUUUAGUAGAUCUCCAGGGAAAUAUCAAAGAAAAGUAUGUCGCUAGGAUAAUUAUGGGAGAUCCCUCUCGUCUCGCUCGUACAGCCGGGAAUCGCGCUCAAAAUGAGGAGGAGAAUUUUCGAUGGUUAGCUGAAUCAGGUUUUAUUGUGGAUGAUCGGGUUUCGCAACUUUGCUUCAAUUGCAAACAAAAAGGCCAUUCUUCAAGGGAAUGCCCAGAACCAAGGAAAGAGGUUGAAAAACCUACAUAUUUAACAUGUCAAAAUUGCAAAUCAUCCGACCAUAUUACAAAAUAUUGCAAAGAAGAACGACGUGAUUAUUAUGCAGAAGCUCGUGAUCGUAAAGUUUCAACCGGAUGUUUUAAAUGCGGUUCAACCGAACACAUGUCUCGCGAUUGUGAAGAAAAAGGAUACGAUGAAGAUGAUCAAAAAAAUUUCCGAAAUAACCAAACCUGCCAUAAUUGUAAUCGUGAAGGACAUAUAUCACGCGAUUGUACAGAACCUAAACGAGGCGGACGAAAGUGUUAUAAAUGUAACGAAGAAGGCCACAUGUCAAAAGAUUGUACUGCUGAUAGCAAAAGUGGAGAUUAUGAUAGAGGAAAUUAUAACAGUAGUGGAUGGACAAAUGAGACCUCAUGGAAUAAUAAUAAUAAGGUUGCUUCUUGGAACACUCAAGAUCAAGCCGUCGAUGCUUAUUCUCAAGAAAACGCAAGGAACAAAGGAGGAAAUAGAGACUCUUCUUGGUCCAAGGGUAGAGACACUCCUCGUGAAAGGGAUGAUUAUUAUGAUCGGGGCAAUGAACGCAAUGUAACAUCUACUUCUUGGGGUAUGCGAGAUAAACCUGGAAAUAAUAAUAAUAAUACCGGUAAUUGGCAAGCAGAAAAUACAUGGAAUAAUAAUAGACCUAAGAAAGUUGAAGAGUCCGGAUGGAGGAAUACGAAUACUAAUGAUAACAAUCAAGUAGCAUAUGGUGAUUAUGAAAAUUCGCGAAGUCGUAUCAGCGAACCAAGAGAUGGUGAUUAUGAAAACAGGCGAAGUCAUAACAACGAGCCAAGAGAAAAUUGGAGAAAUGAAAGUUAUAAUAAAAGUUCCGGUGAUGAUGACUGGGCAAGAAAACAAGAAUCACCUACACAAUCGAUAAGACCAAACGUGCGAAGAUCCGAUGCUCAAGCAUCCAAUUUAGAUAAUACCAAACCUUGGUGGUAA